GUUUCUUUAGCAAUCCCAACACUAACUCCUACAUGGGUCUUGUGUUUUACUAGGGGGCUUAAUGCUAUCGCUGGAAUCAAAACAAGAUGUUUUGCCGAAUCCGCGAAUGCAUAGAAAGGGACAUUAUCGUCGUCAUAGCUUGCAUUCUUUACAAUCCCUGAAAUUCAACACGGAGCCCAUUUCCAAACAACUACUUACUGUGCCAGACGUAAAUACCUCUCAUAGAAGACAUGAGCGCGUAAACAGUCUUGACGGUGCUAGUUUUCCAGCGAAACCAUUCGGUGAUGCAUCUCGUGCGUCUAACAAAGUUACUCAUCCUUCAAUUCCCUUUGCAUCUUCCAAGUAUCUUUUUCCUAUAGGUCGUGAUUCUCCACCAAAAGAUAGCUAUUUUUCUGCGAUUACUGAAGAACAACUGGAAGACGCUUAUGCUGAUUUUUGGAAGCCGACUGUGUCUCUCUCGUUGUCGUCGAAAUCAAUACAUGAUAUGUCAGUAUCCACGCAGGUAGUCUCAAAGAUUAAGGACCAAGGGCCAUUGUCUUCUGCUUCUGUCUGUGUGAGAAUUGAGAAAAGUUUGUUGGAUCAUAAUUGUCUGGUUCGGCAAUUGGUCGAACUUGGGGCCACCAUUCAUCAGAAACCACAAUUUAGUAAACAAAAACCAACGACUCACAUGGUCCUGCCAAAAAACAGUACGCUAAAUUUAGUGCUCGAUACCGUAUCCUCGGAAAGCACAAUAAAUUUCGUCUCGCCAGAAUGGGUCCUGGCCUGUUAUUCAACGAAAAAAUGGGUUGACGAGUCUUCCUUCCGCAUGAAUUUCAAGCAUUCGAUACCAAGAAAUAUUUUGACGUCUUCCAAAGCUAUGCCUGCAAGAUCCCAAAUAUCUAGGAUGAAAAAGGAAUCGGACCCUUCUUUACAGAAUCUAGAUGUACUGUCUCGUCACAAUCCGAAAACUAGCUCCAACAAACCGGGAGGAAUUGAAUAUGUUUUGAAUCCAUCGUUUGCUGAAAAUGUUCGCUUGGUCAAGGAAAAGUCCAUGUCUCACUUAAAUGCAACUUCUCAUAAUGUGGCUUCCACGAGAAAAAGAUUAAGUGUAAGGGAUGGUGUUUUUCGCUUUCAGGAAACCGGUACUUGGAUAAUGGAUUCUCCUUUUAGUCCAUCCAAAUUAUCCAAAUUAUCUCCCCGUCAACGAAAACAACUGGAAUCUGCCAAGAAGAAAUAUUUGGCUUACGAACCCAUCGUUGGAUCACCAUUAAAACAAAAAAUUCCUUUCUUCGAUCUUUGAUUGUACACAACUUUUGGCUAUAGCGGCCGCCUCAAUCGUUUGGCCAGUUUUUCGCUCUUUUUAUCCAUAUAUUUAUCUUGUAUUUAAUCUUCUUUCGUUCAUUUCUCUUUGUUUUCUUCGUUUCAGUGACACAUUCUUUUCCUAUCUCACUCUUUACUUUUCAAGCUGUUAUUUGUUAAUUUUUUUUUUUUUUUUUGCUCAGACGAUGGACCUUAUACAUUUACUUCUACGUGUCUUUCACUUUGAUGAGUUUAUUGUUAUGGUUGAAACUUGAUUUUCCCAAAUACAGUGUCAAUGGACUCCAUAUUCUAAUAAAUGCCAUUAAUUUACUCUGUUUUCUCUUGGACUAUCUUUCCUGCAUGGUUCUGUAUUUUUUAUUACGUUCGUUUUCUUAGAAAAUUGUUAAAAAUGAGGUUCUGUUACUCCCCUCUUCUAUACUAAAAAGAAAAAAAGAAAAAAAAUUCCAUAAUGUUUAUUUCAUUCUCA